AAUCGAUAGUGCGAAAUUCUUUUCGUCAUCAAAAAUAUUUCACAACACAUUAUGAUUACAAUUGUAGUGAGCAAAUUUGUAAUCCAGUUAUGUAAAUUUAAUUCUUAACUUUUAGCUAUUAUAGCUGCAUAUCAUUGCACCACACAAAUUUUUAUUAUAUUUUGUUGCAAUAUUUUAAAAUAUUCCCAUAUAUAUUUAUUUGUUGAAGUUUGAAAGAUUUAAAAUAAAUGCUAUUGGAUUCUUAGUGUAUAGUUAUGUACCAAAAUCCAAACUACUAUCCCAAAAUUAUGAAUGUCUUUCAAACUCGGAUCAUACACAAUAUACUUUCAGAUGUAUAAAUACUACUAUAAAAAACGAACUAUUAAAUGUUGAGAUCGUGUUUUUCUUUCUAAAAGCUCUAAAGAAAAUUGCAACAUUAGCCAGAGCUUUUAUUUAGAAAACGAAAAAGAAAAGACAAAACGACUGAAAGACAGUAAGAGAACGUAAGCAUCAGGUCCGGUAGUUGCGUCGGGUAGCCGCAAGUAACGGCGUCCAUCCAAUCGCCGGUGAACUUCUCUCUUGGGAUUCAAUACUAUCCGUCCAUGGCAGAUAUUUACAGGUCCUACCAUCAUACGUGCAGCUGUACGUUGGACCCAGUGAUGAAGUUGCUAUGUCUCAUUAAGUAGAAGACUACAUCCAACUAAUGGUCCCUCGUGUCACAUGCUUUAAAACACUAAAAUCAUUCAAGCAAUAACAAACACUCUCAUGACACAUGCAUAUGAGUGAUAUAGCAGUUGAAAAUAUUCUCAUAACGUUAUUUCGACAAAGAAAACAAAUAUUUUUUUGAAGGUGAUAUUAUAUUGGUGAAUAACCAAACAAUAUACAAUCCUAUAGUACUUGACUCUAUCUUCUUCUUUUUUUGCUAAAACUGACGCUAUCAUUGAUAUUGAUGCAUAACAUGUAUGGCAAUUUCUGAAUUAGUAUGGUCGAUUGAAAAAAUAACGACAUAUAUUUUGGUAAUUUCUUUAAUUGAUGCUUACCUCGUAGAAAAUAACGUUAACGUUGGUUUUCUGUUUCUAGAAAGUUAUUACUCCUAACGUUUUAUAUUGUAAAUAGUUUUAAAAAAAAAUUAUGUUUCAAAGUGUAAAUAGUUUUUUUAUAUUUCUAGAUAAUUUUUACAUUUAUUAGAUAUAGUGUGAUCAAUGAAACAAAAUAAACAUGUUUAUGAUUGUUAAAUCAUAUCUAAUCUAUAUAUUAAAUAAAUUUUUUUAAAGAAAUAAUAACUUUUUUUAAUUUUUGUGUGUUUUAGGUAAAACUACCCCUUUUUUAAUAACAGGUAAAACUACCUACAUUAGAAAAAACAGAGGGAGUAUUUUUGUUUAAAGGUUCCCUUUUACUUUCUUUUGAGAAAACGUGAAACUUGGCACACAUUAAGCAUCACACAAUCUCGACAAAUUUAUUAUUUCGAAACAAAUCCCUACCGGUUAUAUGCAAAUACACAAAGUGUACGUAAGCGACAUGGAAAAGUUUAUAAACAUGUUGUCCUUGUUUUAUAUACGUGUCGUGUAAAAUUACGUAAACCAUAGUAAAGAAUAUAUCCAAUAGACGUUUGUUCUGUUAUCUCCAAAAAUAUAUAUAAUCGGUUUUGGAGAAAUGACGCUGUAUAUUACAAAACUAAAUGAAUGGGUCCAACGAAAGAUAUAUAUAUGUACUUGUUGUGAGCUAUAUACGACGGUCGAUAGGCCCCAUCGAUUUAUUUUGGAGUGUCAAAGAUUUCAGAGUGAUAAUUUUAAUAUCAAUAAAUAAGAUAGUUAUUGCCGAAAAUAAUAAUACAAUAAAAAAAACGUUGUAUAAGUUAUAUCAAAGGUGCUAAGCUAAUGGCUGAUAGUGUGAUAAAAGGGAAUCGAUAUCAAUCUUACAUAGCAGUUGGUAUCCCCCAUUGGCUUAGCCACUUGUUUUAGUUUUAAGCCUCUGUUUCUUAUAAUUUGUAUGUAUGUAAUCAUCACAUUUGACCACUUUUUGGUAUUAUAAUGAAAUUCAGUGUGAAAAAAAAAAAGUUAUAGUGUGUAUCCCAGAGUGACAAGAAGUCGUUUAACCGAGAGGGCUUGCAAUUGUAAUGGGGUCGUCCUGAAGCGUUUAUUGAUUUCUUCCUACUGGGUCGUAUACUUAGGCUUGCAAAAGAUUCAUCUUUUUUUUUUUUUUUUUUUGGCUCAACAUCAACUUUUCCAUUAACCAAAUGAUUCUAAUACAAUCAGAUUAUGACCACAUUGCCUCAGAAGAGACUUUAACCACAAUGUGACAUGAGGAUGAGGAUACAAGUAUCACCCAGAAACACUCAUUUGGUUCCUACGUUACCAUAUCAUCUCAUCCAGUCACUUUGACCACAUAAUUAAACCACAUAGUUACAAAAGACCAGACCUAAACCGGUUCAAAAGAGAACAAACACGAGACAUCAGUUGAAAGCAAGCAGUGAUCUCCUUAUGAUCAGAAUGAGAUACUUGGAUCAGCUACCACAACACACUAAGUGCUUAUUGCUCGGACUCCUCCUUCUUACCGGGGUCGAAGUCUCCGAACUUUUCACCAAAGGGCAGAACAUAAGGCCGUAUAUACAAGGUUUCAUCACACCCAAGCUUUCCCAGAUAUUGCAAUUAUUCACCACGCUAUGGUCUCCUAUGAUCAGAGUUCUGUGCGUGUCCCAUUAGCAACUUCACUCAGAGGCGCUCCACUAGAAGAAGCUUGAGGCCGUUGAUGUUCCUUGCUAUAAACCUCUGCCGCUAGCGGACUGAAGGUCCGACUGAAAAAAAAAAACCUAGAGACCAGGAGGGGUAAAGACAUUGAUACUUCAGCUAACCAUAACCGAAUCCGGUAUCUCUUGCAAGUUCCCUCUGAUGUCUCCAGAGGAUAAGAGUCGAGUUCAAGACCAUCAGAAUCAUCGCCGAACGGCGCAACCUGGAUUUGAGUCAUACCGCCGUUGUUCUUUGCCUCCCGUCAUGGCCAAGCCGGAUACUUGUCCGGAAUGAAAGGCGGAUUGUGAUGAUAGAAAAACGCAAGAGGGAAUCUGAUUCAGCCUUUAUGAGAGUCGAAACUCGCUGUUGGCCCCACUAACCUCUGUUCGUCGCACCUCUCCUCCACCCAUCUCGCAACAACACAAGGAGGAAGAGUCGAGUUAGAGGAGACGUCUAUCCUUCUCCACGCGCCAUCAUCAACAAGGUCUUCAACUAGAUCUGGAAAAACAAAAUUAGAUCUGUUCAGACCUACAAUCCUAAAAGCCGACUCUCUUCUUCUCAGCCUCGCCAACGUCUCGCCGCUACUCUACUCAAGGUUCGUCGACUCCGACCAGCACCACGCAGUUCCGGAGGACACAACAUCGUCAGAGAAGCGCGCAUAUCGACUCGGUCUGGAUCUGGGAAGAGGAGAGCAAAAAUAAAACAAGGAAGGGGAAGAAGGUGGAGCCUCCGGCAACGCCAAGGCGGCGGCCGGAGCUAGGGUUUAGCUCUCUUCGGGGUUCUCUCUCUUUCUCUCUUUUGCAAAAGAUUCAUCUUGGACUGCAAGCAUAUGGGCUUCUCUCCUCCACCUACGUAUAAGGUUGGUUAUAUCACUAUCUUAUUUUAUGCUUAUGUUUAUAAAAGCAUAAUUAUAAAGUUGAAUUUACAUCCUACUUUAAAACGUUGUUAAUUAUAUAUAUAUAUAAACUUAUAAAAUAACAAUAUUUAGUAUAUAUUAUAGUAAAUUAAUUUAAAUAUAAUUAGUAAGAAGUUGGAUAUAUAGUAGAUUCUAGUCAAUAUAAAUUUAAUUUUAAUGAAAUCAUGGAUACUAAUCAAUCUACUAAGUUAAUUUUAUAAAUAUUUGUGAAGAUAAGACCCUUAUAAAUCUUGAUAAUGUCUCAUAUAUUUAUAUAUAGUUAUAAACUAUAUACAUGUUCAUCUAGUGAAACAUAUCCAACCUGUAACAUUCAAUUAUAUUUAUUUGGAAAGAUAUAUAUGUUUUUAUCUUAAAUCUUUCAUUUAUAUUUAUCUUCUUAUCCUCAUCCUAAAUGUUUCCUCUUGUUUAAAAUCAAUUUUUUUAAUUUUUCCAUUUUACAAAUUGUUUUGUCAUUUCCUUUCUUACAAAUUUAAUAAUAUCUUUUUGUGUUGUAGUUUAUGAUAUAAUAUAAAUAGACCUGCUUUGACGUACGAUUGGGUUCAGUAAUCCAUACUUAUCUCCAUAAUCCCUUCUCUUCAUAGUUUCAACUCUCAACUAAUCUGACAUCGAUCAUCCCUUUUCACAUUAAUAAAAAAAUACAGAGAAACUGGUGGAGAUAAAAACUAUGGAAAACGAGAGAGGGAAGUUGAUUUACCUGGCUACGCUUGCUUACCUAGCUAAAAGAUAUGACGAUAUGACGAAAUCGAUGAGAAAAGUAUGCGAGUAUGAAAUAGAGCUAACUGACGUAGAGAGAGAACUACUAGCAAUUGGCUACAAAAAUGUGAUGACGACUAAGAGAGCAUCAUUGAGAGCAUUAUCUUCCAUUGAAGAAAAGGAAGACUCCAAAGGAAACAAGCAAAACGUGAAAUUGCUUAAUAAAAAACUAGAGAUAGUUAAACAUGAGUUUUUCAGUGUUUGUAAUGACAUUUUGUCUCUCAUUGAUUCUCAUCUCAUUCCAUCAACUACCAAUGUUGAGUCAACCGUUUAUUACUACGCAAUGAAAGCAAAUUAUUUUCGAUAUAUGGCAGAGUUUGGUUCUGAUGCUGAACGUCAAGGAGCUGCAGAUAAUUCUCUCGAGGCAUAUAAGAUUGCAAUGGAAAUGGCAGAGGGGGGUUUAUCACCAACGAAUUUGGUUAGACUUGGCUUGGCUUUGAACUUCUCGAUUUUCAACUAUGUGAUCCUUAAAUCUACUGAAAGUGCGUGUAAGUUGGCUAAAAAGGCUUACGACGAAGCAAUCUCUGAACUUGACGGUGCUGACAAACAGUCGUACGAAGAUACCACGUUUAUAGUAGAUAUACUUCGAGAUAAUCUUUCCGUGUGGACAGGAGGUAGUAACAUAGAGAUAACAGAGUUUUUUUUAUGGCCUAGUGGGUUAGCUUUCCUAUUGAUAUACUAUUGAUACUAAUCAAUAUAGUGAAUUUUUACAGAGGUGAACACUGAUACCCCGCAAAACAAGGAAUAGAUCGUGUUUUGAGACGACGAGGGUAAGCGGUUGGCCGUGGAACUAUAUCUCCUAUAAAAUCUAAUAUUGACUGAUAAUAAAAUAGCUCUGGCUAAAGGCUUUUGUUAUGGUUUUAGUUGGGUUCAAAAUGUGUAAUACUAAUUAAAUCCAUUUCUCUCCUCAUUUAAAAGAUGUUAAACUAAUAAUGCAUUGUUUAUUUAAUAUAUUUCUUUGAGAAAAAGAAAUUCUGAUAAAGGAGAGUCUUUGAUAAACAAUAUGACUAGCCGUUUUAAUAUCUCUUUCUUCGUCUUAAUUCAACCAUGUUGUAUUCCAUCCGAAUAAAUAUAGUCAGCGGUCCAUUGAUUAAUUUAAUCGGCGUAGAAAUGAAGGAUCUUUUUAUCGAACAUAUAUAUUCCGUAUAAAUGAAAAGAUGUAGUCAGGGACGUGCACGAAUCAGAUAUCCAGAUUUUUUAGAUGUAUUUGGAUUUGUUUCCUAUGUCAGAAAUAUUUAAUUUUUAUUUGUUUUGUUUUGGAAAAACAUGAAUAUUUAAUAAAUUGGAUAUCCAAAAAAUAAAUAGCUAUUUACGGAUAUAUACUUACGGAUAUCUCAAUCGUUUUGAUUAAUACAAAUAAUUUUAAAAUUUUGAUAUAAAGUUGUUUUAUAAAAUAUUCGUUUGCAUAACAUAUAAAAUAAAAAUUAAAAGAAGAAGUAAAACUACAUAUUUUUAAAAAUUUAAAUUUGUUAACAAUUAUAAUAAGAUAAAACUUAAGAGAAAAGUUAAAAUUGUCAUAUUUGUUCUCUCUUUUUUAUGUAAUACUUUAAUAUAAAUAAUAAUGUGAAUAUAAAUUUGUCAAAUUAAUAAUAAUUAUAUAAAUAUAUAUAUUUAAAACUCUAAAUAUAAUUCAAGAUAUAUAUGUAUUUAUAUAUUGUCGGAGCGGACAUUCGCUUUCCAAAAUUUUAAUAUUUGUGAUUUGUUUCAUUUUUAAGAGUUAUUAAUUUUUAUUAUCUCUUUUGCUUCGAAAGUUUAUACAUAUCUAAAUUUUUUGGAUCGAAUCGAGAUAAAUAACAAAUCAAAUUAAAUUUAACGGAUAAAUACAUAUUAUUAAUUACUUGAUACAUGCAAACUACAUCGAAAUUAAUGAACUUAGCUACCAACAUAUCUACCAAUUUGGAUUUAAUGGGUUGUCAUUGUCACGUGUCACAAGAGCUAAUUAAAAUAAGAUUUAGCUAUAUAACCAUAUUAUUAGCAUUGCUUAAUGAAAAUGUGGAUGGUGCUUGGAAUUCUAGUACACAGAAGUGUGGUAUAAGAUGUAUUUUAUUCUUUGACAAAAUGAGAAGGGACCAUUUGUAUUCUUACGUUUUUCAAAUUAAGAACGGUAAUAUUCUAGAAAAAGUAUAAUUUUAUUUUUUUCUAGGAUAUUGAUAGAUGUAGACUUUUUCAUGAUGACAAAGAAAAGACUCUUUCUUAUACCAAAUUUGACGAAGCAUUUUUUUGGUUUUUGUCUAUUUCACAAGUUGUAAACUUAUUGAGAGUCUUCAAUUCUUGGUCGCCAGUCUAUUAACUUAUUUGGAUUUAUGGAAUUUAAUUUCAAACCUACACACUGUCGCAACUUUAUGUUCACAUUUAAGAUUACCACGUGCGCCUCGAUUUCAGAUGCAAAGAUUUUCAUAAAAUUUCUGCCAUUUUCUUGUUGCCGUAUAAAAAGAUUUGAUUGUAUAGCCUAAUGCAUAUAGUAUUAUUAUGUACUGAGGUAAGUAGGUAACACAACGCAUAUUGUACAG